CGGCGGGGGCGGCGGAUGGCGGAGCGCGGCCGCGGCAUUGGCCGCCGGGCACGUCGCUCCGCGGCCGGCCGGCCGGGCGGGGGCUGCGCGCCGCGCGGAGGGGCCCGGCGGGGCCGGGGGGACGCGGGGACGCGGCGGGAGCGGGGCGCUCCGCGGGCGGAGUGCGGCGGACACGCGCGGGCGGAGGGCGGGCGAGCGCUCCGCGGUCGGGGGCGCGGAGGGGGCGGAAAGCAGCGUCGGGCUUGCGCGGGGCUGUGGGGUAAUUUGGAAAUAAGGGCUCGGCGUGCGUUUGGGUUGGUGGUGUGGUUUGAGGUUGGGGGGACGGGGAUGCCUCAGUGCGUGCUCGGUGUCGCUUGCGCGGGGCAGCGCGGUGCGAGCCCGCGGUGCGAGUCGGGCCCGGCGCGGAGCGCAGCGGGGCCGCCCCCGGCGCCGCGCAGGUUCGGAGGCAAUCGCUUGCCCCGGCCCGCCUUCGCCCGGUUCGGCCUUAUAUUUAAUACAUGCCCUUUCAUCUAUAAUUUAGGCUGCUCUGACUCCAGCCCUGUCUCGGCUCCCAUUUACGCCUGCACACCUUUCUCCUUCCCUUUCCCGAAGGGUCAGCCGAAACACUCGCCAAGGGAGGGAGAGAGCUACUCUGCUGGUUUGGGUUUUGUCUGCUUAAACAUUGAACUGGAAAAGAUUCCUUCUCUCUGUGGUUUGAUAAAUAAUAAAAGUGAUCGUUUCGCCUUCCCCAUAAAUGACACAGGUAAAUUAUCCAGCUAGCCACAAAGAAGCAUCACAUGCCUGGAAGACACUAUAAUAAAAUGACAAUGUAUUAUGCUAUGAGUGACCUCAAAAGUGUGACAAGAAGAUGAUUAUAGUGCAUUAUCUAUAGUGCAUUAUAUGUAGUGCCUUUUUCAACGUUUUCAGAAGCAUGAAUGAGCCUUUAUUUGACUGUGCUUUUAUUGCUAGCUUUUCUCAGCUUGAAUUUACAAGCUGUAUGCUCGAACCUAUCCAAUUUAAUAUGCUGAGGUACGUGGCCAUGCUAGCUGCUGAUUAUGGUUAAGUCUUUCAAAUAUAUAUGCAUAGGAAAAAAACAAAGAUAACAUCAGCAUUUGUCUUUUUCUGUAUGUGGUACUAUCUCAUUUGCACAUUUUCAGUGGAUAGCACUGGUGACCUAAAGAUUGGAGUUCUACCUUGAGGAUUUUACAUUUUCAGAUGCAGGCUCUUAGACUCCCAUAUGUGUCUGCACAUAGGAUGCACUAUUAACAAAUGGUGGGAGCUGCUUGUACCACUCAGAGGUCAGAAAUUUGCAUGGCUUGGAAUUGUGUGCUACAUACUGAUAAAUGUACAUAUCCUUGCAAGUUAUAUGGAUGCAGACACUGUAUGUGAGCAUUGCACAUCCUGUGAUCCCAUGAUGCGUAAAGAUUAAACAUUCUCAGUUUUGCUGUG